AUGUCUUACCGCAACGAGUCCGACAGCUACGGCAGUGGCAACCAGAGCUCCGGCUACGGUGGCAACGAGUCUAGCUACGGCAACAAGUCCAGCUCCGGCCGUGACGAGGACAGCUAUGGCAGCAAGAACACUAGCUCCGGCUACGGUGACAACGACUCCUCCAGCUACGGCAACAAGUCUAGCUCCAACCGUGAUGAGGAUAGCUACGGCAGCAGCAACAAGAACUCCUCCAGCUACGGCGAUAACAACUCUUCCAGCUACGGCAACAAGUCUAGCUCCAACCGUGAUGACGACAGCUACGGCAGCAGCAACAAGAACUCCUCUAGCUACGGCAACAAGUCCAGCUCCAGCUAUGGCAACAAUGAUAACGACAACUCCUCUUCCAGCUACGGCAACAAGUCUAGCUCCAACCGUGAUGAGGAUAGCUACGGCAGCAGCAAUAAGAACUCCUCCAGCUACGGUGAUAACAACUCCAGCUACGGCAACAAGUCUAGCUCCAACCGGGAUGAGGAUAGCUACGGUAGCAGCAACAAGAACUCCUCCAGCUACGGCAACAAGUCUAGCUCCGACCGUGAUGAGGACAGCUACGGCAGCAGCAACAAGAACUCCUCCAGCUACGGCAACAAGUCCAGCUCCAGCUAUGGCAACAAUGACAACGACAACAAGUCUUCCAGCUACGGCAGCAGCAACAAGAACUCCUCCAGCUACGGCGACAACAACUCUUCCAGCUACGGCAACAAGUCUAGCUCCGGCCGUGACGAGGACAGCUAUGGCAGCAGCAACAAGAACUCCUCCAGCUACGGCGAUAACAACUCCAGCUACGGCAACAAGUCUAGCUCCAACCGGGAUGAGGAUAGCUACGGUAGCAGCAACAAGAACUCCUCCAGCUACGGUGAUAACAACUCCUCCAGCUACGGCAACAAGUCUAGCUCCAACCGUGAUGAGGAUAGCUACGGUAGCAGCAACAAGAACUCUAGCUACGGUGGUAACAAUGACUCCUCCAGCGAUAGUUUUGGCAGCAAGCUCCUGAACAAGGCCGAAGGUUCGUGA